GCUUCCUCUGUAUUGCGAGCAAGCUUCUUCGAUCUUCUUCCUGUGGUUUCGUCUCUAAUAGUAAGUUUGUUUUGGUACUUUUCAAAGGUUUUUCUCGAUCUCAAAGUAGAUAGAUCAGAAUCAAGCAAAGAGAUUGAUAAUUAGGUUUAGGAUUCGAAAUUUGUUGUGAUGUUUAGGUAAUCGGAACCAAUGGAAUCAUUGCAUUGAGUAGGAACCCUAAUUUUGGGGGACUGUGGAGUAGUGUAAAUGAGUGAUUAGAUCAGAAGAACCAGUUUCUUGUCGAAGCUUCAAUGGAAGAAACGGUUAAAAACUCAAGCAGUGAUGGUGAGUGGACAGUGGUUUUACCUAGUAAAGGAAGACAAGUAAGAAGAAGAAAAUCGAAACCUAAAGGUCCAGCAGAAGAAGAAGAGCAACCAUGGAAAUCUGAUGAUCUUGAAAUUGAUCCGAAGAGACAAGCAAGACUAAAGCAGAAGAUGGAAAUCUCUUUGAAGAAAAUCGAAAGCUCGAAUUUUUACGCAGCAUUCUUAGAGCAGCUUAAGUCUCCUGAGGUUUCGGACAAGAUUCGCCUCGUGUUAGGCAAUGAAACACAGUUGCAGAUGGUGAUGUAUGGUAUAGGCAGCAUCGAGUCAUAUGAAUCUCCGAGGUUUCAGCUGAGCAUUGCGAUAUUGAUGAAGAGAGAGUUUGAUUGGGUUGGUGAUAACAUUGAAGUGUUUGAUCCAGUUCUCUCUGCAACUGAAUCUUGUUUCUUAGAAUCUUUGGGAUGCACUGUUCUAUCUGUGAAUGAGCAAGCUCGUCGAGAAGCUUUAAGGCCUACUCUUUUCUUUAUGCCACACUGUGAAGCCAAUUUAUACGGCAACCUGUUGGAAGCAAAUUGGAGAAUGGAUCGAUUGUCUAGAAUCGCAUUGUUUGGGAACAGUUUUCAGAUGUAUGAGGAGCAAGUUUCGUUUGACCCAGAAGUCAUCUGUGCCACCAAACGAAUCAUAGCUGCACAAAGAGUCACAAGCGAGUUUGCUAUUGAGACGGUAUCUGAAGAUUAUUUUGCAGCGUUCCAUGAUUCAAGCUGGCAUUUUUUCAGUUCUGGUAUAGAUUCAGAGCUGCCAUUGUUGGUUUCAGAGGAAUUUUAGAUCAUUGUUUCAAAUGCUCUUUGAUUUUCAUUUGUGUAACAUUUUGCUUCUGUCUUUUUUCUCCCUGCAUAAUCUUAGCCAUCAAGGGAGAGGAGGACAAACCAAUUGAAGUUGAUGACUUAUCAAUGCAGUCAAUAAAAUUUAAUGUUUGUC